AUGGAACAUUCGUCCCCGUUGGCUGCCAUGCAGCCCCCCUCGGUGAUGUUUGGGCAUUGCUUUCGUGCAGAUGCACCGACAUCCUAUACUUCUUUCAGUCCAAUGCGUGGACUGGGCCACAAGAAUUUCAACUUCAAAGACCUCUCCAUGAAGAAAGGACAUGGGGACUAUUUUAAUGUGAAACCCGUUCGAGGCUCGUCUCCCACGGCUAGCCUCGCCGCGGAUCUGUCUCAAAAUUUUCACAUUGAUCAAAGUCCGCAGCUGACUACGCCCCGGCGGUCUUUGUUCACUGCGAGUCUGCUCGGGAAUAGUAACCGGUGUGAGUCUAUGACCACACCUCCACUGCCCGCGUCCUCGCCUGCUCCCGCCAUGGAUAUCAUGGAAAUGUCCCCGUUACCGCAUAAGCCGGCAUUCGGCCUUCUGAACGAAGCCGAACUUGACUCGCCUAGCCUGGAUUCUACAAUGGAUACUCCGAUGAUGUCUGCCGCCGCUAGCCCCCUCGAGGAAUCGCCCCUCGUCCAGCAAAAGGAUAGCCUGCAAGAGAGAAGACGUCCGACCUUCUUGCGGCCAAGUUUAGCCAGGAGCAAAGCCCAGACAUUUCAGCUGGGCAUGACCAAACCCGCCCCGGAGAGCCAGGCACCACCAUUCAAGUUCCAGAGCAAAGGAGGGAAAACAUCGCUGAGCGCAUCUGCAUCACUGGAGGACAUGUUCAACGAGUCACCACAGCGGGAACGGCCAUCAUUGAGUCGUCACUCCAGCGGAAUCCUGAUCAAUCCCCGACUGAGACCCCAACUUGGAAGCAGUGGGAGCCAUGUCCGCGGCAAUGGCUCGCCCACGGCGGCUUCGAUCCGCAAAAAUUCCCACCCGAUGACGCGCCCUCGGAAACAGUGCCGACGCUCGCUGAGCAUGUUUGAGCACCCGGAGGAUAUUGUUGUCGAUAAAGAGGCUAACUAUACUACAAAUGCACCACUUCCGUCGAUCCCCGACAUUGAAGGAACCCCGAGCCUGCAGCUCCCUCACACCUUUUCUGAGGACCAGGCCGAUACACUGCCUCGCAUCGAUAAGAGUAUCCUCGUGGAGCUCCUGGAUGGCAAGUACAAUGAUCGUUUCGAUAAUAUCAUGGUCGUCGACUGCCGCUUCGAGUAUGAGUACGAGGGCGGGCACAUCACCGGAGCCGUGAACUACAACGACAAGGACUUUCUGGCCGCCGAACUCUUCGCAAGCCCAAAGCCGCGGACGGCCUUGGUCUUUCAUUGUGAAUAUUCCGCCCACCGGGCCCCGAUUAUGGCGAAGUAUAUCCGCCAUAAGGAUCGUGCCUAUAACGUGGAUCAAUACCCGCACCUUAGCUAUCCCGACAUGUACAUUCUGGAGGGUGGCUACAGUGCAUUCUUUGCGGAGCACCGGACAUUAUGCUAUCCACAGAAUUAUGUCGAGAUGAGCGCCAAGGAACACGAGUUUGCCUGCGAGCGUGGCCUCGGGAAGGUCAAGCAGAGGUCCAAGCUCAACCGAGCGCAGACGUUUGCCUUUGGUCAGCACUCUCCUCAGAUGGAAGACAGUCCCACGGGGAGGUGUCGCAACAACGCUGGUGACCGCAACCGGUUUCUCGGCUCCCCAUUCGCCGAGAGUCCGGCAUCUGGACGCUUCUCCGGCCGACGUAUGCUUUCCUACUGA